UUCAAACCACAACACCGACUCCGCAGCUCGGUGAUCCACUGACCAUAUGCUAUGAGAUGGACGAGUUUAUGGUUCAGGACGCUUUCAGUCCUGGUUGUUUUGGGACGGCAGUGUUGGUGACUGACAGGAUAUCUGGUGUGGAGCUGACUCUGAAGAAGGUGGAGUGUCUGGAUGAGGGACGAGCCAAUCAGGCCUUGGAUGAGGCCCGGUGUAUGCUGAACUUCAAACACCCUAACAUUGUCAGAUACAGGAAGCUGUUCAUCACCUGGGACCAGACGAUCUCAUCAGUAUUCCUGUCUAUGGUGAUGAAUUGUCCCUACAGGACUACCUUGGAAGCCAUCAUCACCACACACAGAGACAACAAAAAGAAGAUCCGCAGACAUGUAAAACACACACGUUCCCGUCACUGUGACGCGAUCAACCUGGCGUACCUACACUCUUUCAUGUGCCCUGUUUUCCUUCACUGUUGGACCAGAUGAUCAAGGCGUUCCUGGGGCAGAUGACGUACGCGUUGGCCUACUUACACAAAGACAACAUCGCUCACAGGUUCUCCUUGUCCUGUGUCCUCUCCUUCAUUCACCUUCUCAGUCCUGAACUCCUGGGCAGCUCCUGGGC